AUCAAUUGAAAUUUUCAGUUCAUGGUAUAAGCAGAGACGCAAUGGCGGCUGUACGUCAAUUGUCAACUGAAUUUACGACGAAAAUUGGUAGAAAAAUGUGAUCCUUGAGUGGCAGAGAGGUGAAAACUAGUCAAGUGCCAAGAUCAAGGAGAUACCAAGAAAGUUCAAUUGGCUGGAAAUGAAAUACCCAAAUCAUGAAUGUGAAAGUUGGAAUAUGAAUGACAGCGAAUGGAUGAUCAAUUGAAUGGAGAAACAACAAAUGGUGUUCGAAGGAAGCCGAAGGAGGCAAGAACCAGGAAACGAAGAAAGGCAGCGGUGGUAAAGGACGAAGGAAUGAGUGAGUAAGUGAUGAGUGACACUCGGCAACAGCUUCACUCGGUUUCGGAUUUGUAUGCAGCCGACGAGAUAGAAGUACUUCUUCUCGAAGAAAUACGUGAACUAGAACCACCACCUUCCGCAUACUCUAGACCUGAGGAUAUACAAGACUUUGAGAUUGCGGGUAGCAGGACAGGGGGGCGCACCAGCUCCCAGUCAUCGGAGCUGGAGUCGCCAGGGAUCCAUUCAACGGUCCACUCAUGGGACUCUCAUGCCAAUUAUCAUGGGCAUUAUGACCGUGACCAUAAUGGCCAUGGAUCUGGCUCAAAUCCAGCUCCUUGGCCAGCUGCAAGUCAAUUGGUAUUAUAUUGCGACCUCCAAGGGCAUCUCAGGACUGCUACUGGUGUCAUCAGGCUUAUGUUGCUUAUAUCGUCGGCCGCAUGUCUGGUCACACUUUGUAGUUCAGGCACCGCAAAAGUCAGCCUCUUCAUGCUCCCUCUGGUCGGUAGACUGCGGCUCAUGAUUUUCGUCGCAGUGUUCUGUUUAUUAGUCACAUCACUACUACUAUUCCUAGAUGUAUCACACGUCAUUUACCUUUUUCCUUUCAACUGGGCCAAGCUGAAUGCAUGGAUGUUUGCUGGCAUGGGAUUAUCCUACGCGACAGGUAGUGCCCUACUAGUAUGUUCCGUGUGGGAAUACAGCGGAGGUAGCAGUGGAAAUGGUUGGGUACCACGGCGUACCCGAUCGCAGCUAGCCGUAGCUGCAGGACUUGGUCUAGCAUGUGCUCUUCUCGCCCUUUUACUUUCCUGGCUUCACCUUCGAAGUAGUACCAAUUCAAAGGGUCACGGCAGUCACAGUCACACACCUACGCAGUUUUACAGGCCUGUUGAAAACUCUUCUUCUUCAGGGGUAACGUUAAAAGAAAGAAGUCCAAAACGGCCACCUCCUUGGGUAGUCAAAAACCAACAACAAUUAGAGAAAGCAAAUGCACAUAGCGAUAGUAAAAGUGGAAACGGUAAUAAUAAAUACAAAAGCGGUAACAAUAAAAAGGAUCAUUGGGCAUCGGCCAAACAACAUUUUCUCCCCUCUCAAGAGGACGAGGAGGAGGAAGAAAAUAGAGUAAGUAGAGAAGAAAAGGAAAAGGAUCGAAGGAGAAGAAGAAGAAAAAAUGGGACUGGUUCUUCUGCUGGCGUUGGAGGCGGUGGGAGUUCCGAUAACAAUGACUAUGGUGUGAGUGGAGGUGAAGCUGGUUGCGCUGGAUUGGGAGUACCGCCAGCAAAGACACGGUGUGUUCCAAAAAAACUGCCUCUGAAAACCUUAAAUAACGGAAGUCAACAGAAACAAUCAGCACUAGCAAUGGGUGAAACGGCUCGAUCGAAGCAAAUCGGUGUUAAAAUGCUCGUGAAUAGUGAUUUCAAGAAUUAUUGGGAGACUGAUAAUCCGAGUCGCAACGAAUUACCAAACAAUAGUUUCCGCUGGGUUAACCAAGGUGUAACUGCCAGUGAAAUAAUUGACACUGAUGGUAAUAAAAUUGUGCUCCCUCCUGGUUGGGCCAGUCAGUGGCAACCAACGGUAGAUGACGUUCAACCUUGCUCCAGUAAGGCUCUGGAUCCGUACCCAUUCCCUUAAUUGCAUUUGGGGUGAAUACAAGCAGCUAAAAGGUGAGUCUGUGCAGUAAAAUAACUCAAGCUUUAAAGCGUGCCACUUGAUUGAGUAGGGUAUACGAACAUAGUUCAAGUCCCAACCCGAUAAAUUUAGGAUAGAGAGAAAAUAAAGAUCCUGAAGUAGAAGUGAAAGGUUUGAGUACGAGAAAACAGUUGAUCGUUUUUGAUCCUUUUGGUUAAUAAAAAUAUUAUAAUCGCGUCCAAGCAUCUUGGGUUUUUCGUAUAAAGCUGUCAUGCUCUGUACAUUUUGCUGCCAAUGAAAUUCGCCCCUAUUUGUUUGGAUUGUGCGACUUACUACAUUCAAUAAAUUAAGCGAAACUCAUAUAUGAGGAUCAUGAUAUUAGGAAUUAUUCACAGUAAUACCAUUGUGCGAGUGCAACCUAUGAUUAUUGAAACGAAAUUGAUUCAAAUCAUGUAUUUAAUGAUAAACGCUAAUUAUCAUAAAAUUAACUAAAUGACUUGGACAAUUUCUGUAGUCAAGUUUUCAGUGACAUUUUAUGCUGGAUCAAUAUUUUAUAGUCAUUAGUCUAUUAAAAUUAUUACAGAAAUUAUUGUAAUACAUAAUACGUUAUUACAAAUACAUUGUUCAUCACGAAUAUUUGGUAAAAUUUCAAUACACAAGUGAAAUUAUGAUGGAAUUUUUUUCACAACAUCUGCCAAGAGAUGUAAACUAUUUUUUCAGUACAUACAUAUCGUGUUAGAAGUACAAUCUGCAUCAUUAUCGUUGAGCUCAUUAUUUCAUUGGCGCGUCAACAGGAUCAAUAAUAUGCAAAAGAAUAAAACCUUUCUGCCAUUUUUGGAUGACAGGGUACUCGAUACAUUAGAUUCAGAAAUACCCUGCUACAUUGUUAAUGAAUAAUUUUUUGUCUUUCACGUGUAAUUUAUCUUUUAUCUUACUGAAGCCAUUUAGAUUGACAUCGCAAAUAGCAGCGUUUCGGAUCUGAUUAAAACUGUUAACGUUAGCCACAAACCCUGAAGAUAUAGUUUAGCAUUGAAUUGCAUAGGGUAAGAAACUUGCGUGUUCAUUUAGGGGUAUAAUGAAUAAUAAGCUAAUAAGUACUUCAAUAUUUUACGUCUCGUCCUCGCGAAUUUGAUAUUAUAUUGUAACUUUGAUAAUUAUAAUUGUUUUUGCGGAUACAAAUACAUUUGGCUGUUGUAAUUUAGAUGUUCACGUAUGACGAACGGGUAAAUGGGGUGCAAUUUUAUUUCUGAAUAGUAGAUCUGAUUGAUUGAUCAAAGUUUAAUGGCACAGUAAACAUUACAAAUGAGAAUUAAAUUUUGAAAUGGCAUAAAACUUUUUUACGUGUGGUCAUUUGUUACAUCAAUUUAUCAAAACGUGUAUAUUGCGUAUGAAACAACGUAACGUCACCAACACUGCCAGUGCAACAGACCAUGUAGUUUUAUAGAGUUGGAGGCAAAAUAAAAGGUUGCCAAAAAGUUUCAGUUUGCUAUUGAAGAUUUCCGAACAAAAGUACCUCUGUUAAAAAUUUUUCCAUUUGUCACAAUUAUAGAAUGUCAAAUCUGAAAUUGAGGAUUAUCUUAUGUAUUGUAAAAUACAUUACAUUAUAAAUUGGGUUCUGAGUUGCAUUCGUAAUGUUGAAAUAUAAGUCGUGUAUUAAUUCAUCUAGCGAAAUAAACAUUUUUUUCCAAUUAUUAUUGGCGAUUGCCAAUUGAGACUCUUUAGUCUAUAAUAUUGUAUUUGUCAUCAAUCGCAAUUUCAACGCACAAUAAAAUUAAUUGUAAAUAAACGGAUAAGUUGUCCUCGUAGCAUGCUGAUGAAUGAGUACUUAGCAAUAAUUUCCAAUUCAAGUUAUUCAAUUUAAUAUACCGGUAUCUUGUCCGCUAAUAACGAAUAACGACACUAAUAUGACAAUCUCAACUAAUUAUGUCUAUAUGUAUAAACACAAACUUGCUUUUUUUGCUAUUAUUUCCCUAAUACCAUAAGAACUUUGAGCUCACUGCGAUUUUGUUAUUAUCCUGCACAUGCUUUUAGCUCUUUUCUUUUCUUCAAAGUAUUUGUAUGUACAAUAAAAAAAAACUACCUUACCGCUAAAACGAUCCGCUGGCCCGGACGUUAGUUCAUAUUUUUCUAGUUAUCUUCAUUGAGAAAUCCCAACACUUUGUGAUUCAAUAGUUUGUCAUUUUUCAAUAGUUUUACACAUACGUAAAUGUCUAAUAUUUUUAUUCACAUACCCUCGAUAUAUUCCUCAUUUCAACUUCAAUACAUUGGUUGAGGAGCUAGUCCUUUUUGCUAGUCCGGCUAUUUUGCUCAAAGUACGUUAGCUUUUUUGUCUUUUUCAUCAUUAUUCUCACAUAAAAAAUCCGCUGCUGUUUUAAUUGAGCCUACAAUUCUGUAGAGUUAGACGCUAGCUAUUAUGAGAAAAAUAUUGAAUUGGCCUAGGAAAAAAUGAGUGUUGGAACUUGAAUAUGAAUAAAAGAAAUAAUAUAUAAAUACAUCGGAGCAAAAAUAAUAGUCUAUUUGAUUUAUUUGUGUAACCAACAUAAUACAUUCUUUCAUGAAAAGGUGAGAGAAAUAUUGGUACAAUAAUAUGAAGCGUAAAAUGUAAUAAUAGGAUCUGAAUUUCAAUAUGGUGCCGACAGAUUCAAGUUUGGUAAAAAUAAUGACAAUGUUGAAUCACAGUUGUCAUUGCGAUAUUUAUACAUAUGUUUUACUCACAAUCAGAUAAAAUUAAAGUUGAUCUCAUUUAGUUUUUCUCAUGGAAGAAGCUAGGGUAGACAAUAUUGUAAUUGUGAUUAAAUAAUUUAAGUUCGCCAUCACACAAAAUUUCUAGUCAGGACAAUACUUUAUUCACCUAAAAAUACAUCACUUCAAUCAUUUAUAUAUCCUUUGAUACGUUAUUUUGUAUCGUUUAGACUACUAAUAAUAAAACAAAAUGUUAAAAAUUAAUUAUAAAGACAUAGGAAACGAAAUCGUCAGUGUACAGAUUUGAUGUAUGAAUAAUAGAAAGUUUAUUAUUGGAGAGUGUGAAGAAUAUUUAAUAUAUAAUAUGCUAGGAAAUGUAUUAAAAAUAUGAUACCGUGAAAAAAGUGUAAUGUAACAAAAAAAAAAAAAAAAAACAAAAAAAAAAAAACGAGAAAACCAUUGUACAUUAAUAAUUGUUAGUUAUUAUUAAGUAUGGUCACAUAAAAAUUUUAAAAUAAGUAUGACUACUGUAUAAUCCUCGUAUAAACGAUCAAGAAAAUUAUAUUGUCACUUGGUAAUCCGAAAUACAGAGUCAUCUACUAUAA